GCUUAAAUACACAGGGGGGGUGCAGGUGAUUGGACACAGGUGGAAACAAUCAUCGACACGGCAGACGAUCACAGGGGAAGACAGGACAAGGCAGGAAGUGAAGUCACCCCAGGGACACGAGGGACAUGAGACUACAAAGUAAAACAGGACAUGAACCCAAACCGUGACUAGAAUAAAGUGAACAUCACCAUUCAGCGUCUCUGUUUGACCUUGUUGGUUCGUAGAAGAAUUCAACCGUUACCAAAGUAACUUCAUUCAGGAUUAUUCUUAAUCUCAGAGAAAUAGAAGCAAAAAGCAAAUUGUCUACUUCCGGCUGAUUGAACCACUGAGUCACAGACUGAAUGAAUGUUUUUCAGGCUUUGAUCAAUUCACAGUAAUUCAUAUUAAAUGACAUAUCGGAUAACGAUGAACUCUGACCUUGUUCUGUAUAAUUGUUUACUGUAAACCUCCACCUGUAGGUCCAACGCAUUUAAGAACAAGUUAGAAACCAGUUUUAUGUUUUGCCUUCAUCUUCUGGAUUAUGAUUCUCAUCUACUUUGUGACUUUCUUCUCAUUUGGUCUCAGCUCUGUGAGGGCGCUGACACUCAGCAGGACGUCACCUUCACGGAGGAACAUAAAGAACCUCGUCUGGGAGAGUUAUUUUAUUCUUGUCUUUGUAAAUGUGUCAGGAGGAAACUCACUGAGGAGUUUCCUUAAUGAGGAGCUUCAGGUCACAUGACUCAAGACGUCCAAGGUAAGGAGAGAAUGACUUAAUGGUGGUAUGAUUAUGUUAACAUUUAAUGUGUCAGGAUUCAUGGAUUACACAAGAUUAUGGAAGUAAAUCUGUGAUCGGGGGUUGAAAUAAAAAGGUGAUUGAAUUUCUAGCACUGAAUAUUUAUGCAUUGAAAUUAUGUAUCUGAAUGUUUUUCAACAUUUAAAAUACUGCAAAAAAUUCAACCUAAAAAAAAUCUCCGUUAAAAUAUUCAGCCGCAAAAGAAAUCACGGUUACAAUAUUCAACCCAAAAAUUUCAACCUUGAGACUCCAACAUCCGGGACACUAAGGAAGAGCAAUCGAUUCUAGAUUCUAGAUCAGGAGCGUGUGUCAAGCUGAAGGAGCGAGCGCCCAAAACACCUUCGGCUUCGGAUUGUAUCCAUGUCCAAUAAUAACGGGGCUUUAACUCUUCUUUACUUUAAUUAAAGUCGUUUGUGGUCAUAGAAUCUUUGCUGUUUGCUCUGUUAACUGUUGGUAAUUACAUAGUUCCUCCUAUGACCACUAGGGACCACACAGAUUGAAGUCCCAAAUAAAGAGUUCACUGUUUUAUAAAUCACCGUUUAAAUGUUUACUUCAUCCUUGUAUUCCGUCUUCAUCAUGGACCUUUCUUGUAUUGCAAACAUGUUAAAAAUUGUGAGGGCAUUCAAUUAAUAAAUUAUUCUUUUUAAAUCCAAAUAAUUCCCAAAAAAUAUUUUUCCAUUUCUAUUCUAGAAAAUUUCUUUUUUAGUAGUAAAGCACCAAAUGGAGUAUAAUAGAUCAUUUUAAUACUAUAAACUUGACCUCAAUGAGGCCUACCUGUGUUUGUUCUGUCCGACCUACGGCCACAUCGUGUCCAUCCUGUAGAGGACUUCACUUCAAUGGUUGGUUUACCUUUUCAUUGCUGCAGGUCAUUUCUUAAGGGAAGACACUUCUCAACGUCCUUGAUUGAGAAAAGUACGAUAUCUACAUCUGAUGUAGUUCAGUAAAGAGUACAAUAUUAAGGUGUUCAACUUUUUGUUUUUUCUCAGUAAAUACUACAUAAUUAAAGUAUUUGGGGUUUUUAGGACUUUAUUUCAGUCCCCUGAUGACCCCACUUUGACCUGAAGAAGAGAAGAGAAACAUUCACCUCACAGGUUGUUACACAACAUGAUGCAGAUAAAUCAAUAAAAGAAAGGCUGCAGUAAAGAAAUGUCCUCACUACGAUACUUUUAAAAGUACAUUCACGUUAAAACCAGAUUAACCUAAAUGGAAUUAACUUUCCAUUAAGAGAUAAAAGCAUUCAUUUGAUUGCUUUACAAUUGUUGACAAGGACUUAGUAGAGUGUGGUAAAACCUUGAGGGCACAUCCGUGUUGACACACAUCAGGGAAGAAGAUGAAGAUGAUUGUGUUUACCUUUCAGGGAGGGUCAUGCAGCUGAUGUAGGAAAUCAACACUGCACUAACAUGUGUGAUCGUCCUUUAUGUAAGAACAGAAGCUCCUUCACUCGUGGUAGAAGAUUAGGAUGAGAGGACUUUACUUAUUAAAGAGCGUCAGGUCACAUGACUCAAGACAUCCAAGGGAGGAGAUGAUCUGCAGCAUCCUGGUGAUCUUCAUCCUGACCUCCUGUGUCUGUGGGUCAUUUGUAGUGAAUGUGACACAGAGCUGGUAUCAUGCAGAGGAGAACCACAACAUCUCACUGGAAUGGAUGUUCCCCACCAGCACGGACCACUCCACCAACGCCCUCUAUGUCUCCUGUGAGAUUUUAGCUGAUCAGAUACCCUUAGUCCUGUUUGUGCUACAUGAAGGUGUGGAGGUCCCAGAGUUUCAGGAUGAACGCUUUGCAGGACGAGUCCAGUGGGACAAAGACGUCCUCAGAGAAGGACGACUCAGACUUCACAUCUCCAGACUCCAGACUAAUGACUCUGGGCUGUACUGGUGUCAAGUGGACACAAGUUAUGGGAAGAACUAUAAGGAAUGUCACCUCAAUGUCACUGAAGUGAAGGAUCGACCUGAACCUGAGAGAACCAGUGACACCAGUCUGAGAGGAAGGAUCGGUCUCUACUGUGUACUGGGAAUACUGGGACUAGCAGCAGCUCUACUGGUUGUUUCUUUAUUUUUUCCUGCAUUGCAAAGAAAAGAUUUAUGAACAGCACGACAUAAAAUACAUCAUUGUUAAAUUCAUCUAAGUGUUUGCACACAAAGUGUCUGACUUCUGACAUCAGAGUAUAAAUGUAUGUUGAUGACAUCUACUGUGUACAUUCAAAUUAACCGAUUUAUAUCUGUAAAUAAAUAAUUUCAUUACAUCA